CCCCCCUAUUCCUCUCUCCCAACAGACAGUCUUCCACCCCUUAAUCCCACCUUCCAGCUGCCCUCGUCCCCCCUGGAGCUCACAUAGACCUUCUCAAUUAGGAGAUGCUAUCGCUUUUCUGCCGCUCCCUCCUGCUCAUCCUCGCUCAACAGUGCUUCGGCUGGGCUCAAAACAAUGGGCAGCUGGCUCCAGGAGACGGGCGGGCCGUGGCCGAGAGGCUGCAGUUCUGCCAGUGGCCCUGCAAGUGUCGGCAGCGGCCCCAAUGCGCCCCGGGGGUGAGCUCGGUCCUGGACGGAUGCGGCUGCUGCAAGAGCUGCGCGAGGCAGAUCGGAGACCCGUGCAACGAGAGGGACGUCUGCGACCCGCACAAGAGCAUGUACUGCGACUUCUCAGCAGACAAGCCCAGAUACCAAGUCGGAGAGUGUGCGUACCUGAUGGCGGUGGGUUGCGACCUAAAUGGUGCCCACUAUGAGAACGGAGAGGGCUUCCAGCCCAGCCCCCUCUACAAGUGCACAUGCAUUGCUGGAGCAAUCGGCUGCACCCCCGCUUUCAUCCAGAAGCCGGUUAGUCUCUUGAGCCCCGCCCCACUGAUGGGUAACAUGCCAGCUGGCCUUCGCGGCGGCCUUCGCCCAAAGAAACACCGGCAGGACACCACCUACAUGUCAGCUUACAGGGAUCCUCCUUUAGCCUGGAAAAAGAACUGUCUGAUCCAAACCACCCCCUGGAGCCCCUGCACCAAAACCUGCGGCUUGGGCAUCUCUGUGCGAGUGAACAACGACAACGGCAAGUGCGAGAUGAGGAAGGACCGGCGCCUGUGUCUGCUGCGGCCCUGUGAGAAGAGCGUGAUGAGCAGUGUUAAGGUGCAAAAGGGAAAGACUUGCCGACCUAAAUUCCAAGCAAAGAAAGCGGAGAAGCUAACACUCUCAGGAUGCACCAGCACCAAAAAGUUCAAGCCCAUGUACUGCGGCGUCUGUACGGACAAGCGGUGCUGUGUCCCCAACAAGUCGAGCAUGAUCAAGGUCAACUUCACGUGCAAGGCGGGCUCCAACACCCAGUGGAAGAUGCAGUGGAUCACGUCCUGCGUGUGCCAGAGGAAGUGCAACGAUCCAGGCGACAUGUUUUCCGACCUGCGGCUUCUGUAG